AUGGCGGAAGGAUCCUACCGAGGCAGCGAGAACGCUUGGGAUGACGAGGAGAAUGAGGAGGAAGAGGAAGAUCAGAAGCAGCGCCCCGAGUCGCUCAAGGAGAAACUGAUAUUUAUGAUUGAUGCACAAGACAAUAUGUUUGAAGAGAUUGAGCUUGGCGGUAAUAAAACCACCUCGUUCGAGGCCGCCAAAUUGACCGUCGUGGAACUCAUCAAGCUCAAGGCCAUACAAAGCCCGGAUGANCAAGUCGCUGUCGUAUUGUACAACACGGUACGUGCCCAGCCACACCUCACCCACGGGUCUUCUGUCCCUAACCCGCAACUGCACCUGGACCCCGGUUGCAACGCGAUGCAGCGCGAAACAGACCGAUCCAGGGAUGCUGGUAGCGGUGGUGCUGGUACCUUUGUCGCCGCAUUCGAGGGGGUGCGCACACUGUUGGAGUUGCAGCAACCCUCAGCGGAAGCCGUACGUGCCGUACGAGAUCUCACAGUGGAGUCCUUCCGCGCCACCAUCGGCGGUCUCCCGCAGCGGCGGGACUCAGCUCUGGCGGAGGCGCUGUUCCGAGUGCAGAACUGCCUGGCGGCGAGCAGGACAGCGGACAACUCAAUCAACACCCUGGUGGUGCUCACCAACGACCCGGAGCCAUGUGGGCCCACGACUACUGGACCAGGGUACAAGGCCGCGCUGGCCCAGUUAAGCAGCCGAGUGGAGGCGCUCCAGGGAUACCGAGUGGGCCUCCGUCUCUUCCCCCUGGCAGCGGCUGUACGGCCAUUCGACUCGGGUCGGCUGUGGCGCAGUGUGCUGAGGGCCCUGCCGGGGCGUGCGGAGGACGAGGGGGAGGGGCAGGGGGAGGCAGGGGGAGGCGGUGGAGAGUGGAUCUCCUACGAUGAGGCUCUCCUGAGGGAGCUGGUAGGUGAUAGGCGCUUCCUGGACCUGGAAUUCCUCCCGCCCUUCCCCGAGAAGGGCUCCAUACUUACUCCCUAG